AAUUGAGGAGCAAAAUGAAAGGCAAGGAGGAGGAAAAGCCAAACUUGUAAUAAUCCAUUUGCAGUAUAAAACCUCUUAACAACCUUAAUGACUUCAAUCUGUUCCCUCCAAAACAAUUAUAUAACUGAAUAUAAAUCUGUAAUCCAUGGCAAUUCAAGCUCCAUUACUCACAGUAGGUCCUUUCUCUUGCCAAGAUUUCACCAAAAAAAAUUCAAGAAAAGACACAUUUACACCAAUUGACCCUCUUUCUCUUGUACCCAAAUGCAAAUCUUUAAGAGACCUCAAGCAAAUUCAAGCCUUUUCUAUAAAAACCCAAAUGCAAAAUGAUGUCUUUUUCAUGAGUAAGCUCAUAGAUUUUUGCACGAAGAGUCCAACACCUGACAUUUUGCACCAUGCCCACCUCCUGUUUGAUAAAAUUCCACAACCAGAUAUAGUCCUUUUUAACUUCUUGGCCCGUGGCUAUGCUCGUAGUGACACCCCAUUAAAUGCUUUUGUUCUGUUCUUGAAAAUUCUAACAUUGGGUGUUGCCCCUGAUUUUUAUACAUUUCCUUCUUUGUUGAAGGCUUGUGCAGGUGCUGAAGCUUUGGAAGAAGGUAAGCAGUUGCAUUGUCUUUUGAUUAAAUAUGGCCUUAACGAUGAUAUGUAUGUUUGUCCUGCACUUAUGAAUAUGUACAUUGAGUGUAAUGACAAUGGUUCAGCUCGUAGCGUGUUUGAUAGGAUAGCUGACCCUUGUGUGGUAACAUAUAAUGCAAUCAUAAUGGGUUACGUGAGAAGUAGCGAGCCAAAUGAGGCUCUUUUGUUGUUUCAUGAAUUGCAAGUGAAAAGAAUUAAGCCUACUGAUGUUACAAUUCUAGGUGUUGUUUCAUCAUGUGCUUUGUUGGGAACGUUGGAAUUUGGAAAAUGGGUGCUUGAAUACGUUAAGAAGAAUGGUUUUGAUCAAUAUGUUAAGGUGAACACGGCACUUAUUGAUAUGUAUGCAAAGUGUGGGAGCUUGCCGGAUGCGAUUUCUGUUUUUGAGAGCAUGCCUAAUAGGGACACUCAUGCAUGGUCAGCAAUGAUCAUGGCUUACGCUAUUCAUGGGCGUGCUCAUUGUGCAAUAUCUUUGUUUCAACAGAUGCAGAAUGCUCGAGUUAAUCCUGAUGGAAUUACAUUUUUGGGCCUACUCUAUGCUUGCAACCACAGUGGAUUGGUUGAAGAGGGUUUUCGAUUUUUCAAUAGCAUGAAAGAAAACUACAGGAUUGUACCAGGAGUGAAACACUAUGGAUGCAUGUUGGAUUCGUUAGCUCGGGCUGGCCGCCUUUCUGAUGCUUUUAAGUUCUUAAUGGAAUUGCCAAUUCCGCCUACACUUUUACUAUGGAGGACAUUGUUAGCUGCUUGCAGCAUCCAUGGAAAUGUGGAUUUGGGGAAGCUGGUACUUGGGAGAAUCUUUGAACUGGACAAAUCACAUAGUGGCGAUUAUGUGAUCUUUUCAAACAUGUGUGCACGAGCUGGGAAGUGGGGAGAAGUAAAUUACAUCUGGAAAUUGAUGAAAGAAAGAGGGAUUAAAAAAAUUCCUGGAUGUAGUUCGAUAGAGGUUAACAAUGUACUACAUGAAUUUUUCUCUGGGGAGGUUACGCGUAUUGAGCACAGGGAGCUGCACCAGGAAGUUGACAAGUUAAUCGAGAAAUUGAAAUUGGUUGGUUAUGUUCCUGAUACUUCUAUAGCUUUUCGUCCUGGCCUGGAAGACGAAGAUAAAGAAGCUACUUUGAGGUACCACAGUGAAAAAUUGGCGAUUACUUUUGGUCUUCUCAAUAGUCCACCUGGGAAAACAAUUCGUGUUGUUAAGAACCUUAGAAUCUGUGGGGAUUGCCAUUCAGCUGCAAAAUUCAUAUCCCUUAUCUUUAAACGAAAUAUUAUUAUCAGAGAUUUGCAUAGAUUUCAUCAUUUUGAAGGUGGAAACUGUUCUUGUGGGGACUUUUGGUGACAAAUGAUCGUCGAUCGAUAUGCACUCUUGCGAGAGGAAACAUCCACCACCUUCACAUUUACGAGUUCCAUCAAUUUUGAAGGUGGAAAAAGUUAUGGUGGGUAGUUUUGGUUACAUAAUUGAUGGAAUACACAUUAGCGAGCGCAAGCCUCUACCAGCUUAACACCAACUGGAGAAAAUGUUUCUUUUGAUAAUUGGGUAUUCUCAUCAGUUAUCAUAAUAUUGUUUUCGUACAGAUUUGUUUUGCUAGUGAAUCCUGAUGAAAAGCUAGUAGCUUAGCACCAACUGGUUUUGCUAGUACAGGUUUCUUAUCCUUCUGUACUAUAUUACAUUCUGUUCAGUUUCUUUAAUUUUUCAUAAAUUAACGAUGAAGCUACAACUAUCUUAAAAUCAACUGUAGUCCUAAACAGCACCAAUUCAUGGAUACAUAAUACAGUAUAUCCCUGUACUUUGGAAAAUGAAAUUUAAAUCUACAACUAACAUCCUUGAAAUACUCUUUUUUUUUUCUGGUUAUAUAGUUUCCAUAAUUUUCCAAACAAAGGCCUAAUUAAGUUCCCUUGAUGGGACCAUAAUUUUUCUUGGACCACAGAUUUUUUUGUGGCUGAGUAACUAAUAAUGUUUCAUGAAAAGAGAGGAACACAAAACUAGUUGUACAUUAAUCUGGUGAAAUCUAACCACUAGCCAUCAGUUAGACUUUAUGAACUACCAUGUAGUUUCCUGAUACAUGUGGUGUGUCUCAUAGGAUAUUCGUCACUCUUCUUAGCAUGCUUCCCAUUCUUCUCUGUGAUUGGGAGUCAAAUCAAGAAUGACUUCAUUUGGCACAUGCUCAAUGUCCAGAUUGUCCUCUUAGAGGAAUGUUAGCAGUGUGUGUGUAUACCUCUAGACGGAAAACACCAUCUUCAACUCCAAUAGCAACCUUAUAUGCAGACAAUGAUGGGAUACUUCUACCGCCCUAUGCUGAUCAAGCUUAUUAUAGUAAAAUUGGCCACCAGCACUAUGUGAUCAAAAGCGAAGUUGUUGCUAUCCAACUACUGGAAAGCCAACACUUGACUUUGGCAUUCGUGGAC